CAUGUGCUUACAUAUUAUUAAUUUAUAUGAUUCCCACGUAUCGCGGCUAUUGCAUGAUAACCCAGUUAUCUAGACGUCUCGUCAUUAUGUCCAAGCUUGCAAAUUUUCACGUGAAGGAACAGAUAUGUGCCCCGUUUACACCCAUGAAAGAUGACGGAGAGAUAAAUCAUUCUUUCGUGAAAACCUAUGCCGACUAUCUGGUACAAACUCACUUUACGGGAGUAUUCAUAAAUGGCUCUAUGGCGGAAGGAUCCUCCUUGACACUGGACGAGAGAAAGCGUAUGGCAGAAACCUGGAUAGAAUCGUCUGACGGUCGACUAGAGGUCAUAGUUCACGUUGGUACCAACUGUAUAAAGGAUUCACAGGAACUGGCUAAACAUGCAGAGAAAAUUGGAGCCACGGCCAUAGCUGCUUUCAGUCCUUCAUACUAUAAACCAGAGAAUGAGGAAGUACUGGUAGAUGUGAUGGCGGAAAUUGCAGGAGAAGCACCAAAUACGCCAUUUUAUUUUUACGAAAUAAACUUUAUGACAGGAGUACACAUAAACACGCGUAAAUUCUGCGAGCUUGCAAUGAAGAAGAUACCAUCAUUCCGUGGACUAAAACAUUCCAAACGGGAAAUGCCGAGUCUGCACGACUGCUCCAUGGUAGAGAACUUACAGGUCCUUGUUGGGACAGACUUUCAAUAUCUCAGCAGCCUUGUUUUGGGGGUCAAGGGAAUAGUAACAGCGUCGUAUCUUGGUAACAUCACAUACGACAUGAGGACAGCGUUUGAAGCUGGGGACAUCGAGAAAACACGAGAUAUUCAGAAAAUUUCCCACAGGAUAAACAACAUUAGAUUUAAAUAUGGAGGUUCUGCAAGAACGUGCAAGGCAAUGUUUAAUAUCCUAUCAGGAAUGGAUGUAGGACCUGUAAGGCUGCCUCUUCGGAAGUUGACGACAGAAGAGUUUGAAAACAUGAAGAAAGAUUUCACAGAUGCUGGGCUGGCAGGAAUAGCCAAACUGAAAUAAGAAUCGCCAAUUUGACAACGAACUCGCUAAUUUCAUCAAGACUGGCACUAUCAAAAUUGAGCGUUUGUUGCAUCGCGGAAAAUUAUAAAUAUUCUUGAUCUUUUUAUUUAAAAAACUGUUGUUAAUGUUUGAGAGACAGAAAUUCCCUGUUAAAUUGUAAAAAAUGAAACCAGAAUAAAACAAAAUUUCGA